UCGCGGUAUUCGGAUCAAGCAUGCAAAUAUGAUAUGCGUUGGCUACUUACUUUACCAAAAACGCUGAUUCUGUUAGAUCGCUUAUUAGACGACCUCGUUAGGGCAAUCUGUAUAAACUCUAAUAAUGAUGGCUCUUGAAAUAUCUGUAUAAAGUUUAGCAGUGAAGAAGUUUACUUUGUUUUCACAUCUGCAUUUAGACACAUAAAGCCGCCGAUCCAUGAUGCUUCCAGCGGUGCUUAUCGCGCUGGUGUUGGCAAGCUGCACCCUAGGGUGUCAGUUACCCUCGGACUGGAGACCCCUGAGUGAGGGAUGCAGAGCGGAGCUCGCAGAGAUUAUAGUCUUUGCAAAAGUUCUGGCCGUCCAUCAGGAAACGUACAAUAUCUAUAACUACCUGCCGUGGCACUAUGAGGCUGGUGAUGGGGGGCUCUUCUAUGCAGCCGAGAUUGAGAUGCUCUGUGACCAGGCGUGGGGCAGCAUGCUGGAGGUACCUGCAGGAUCCAGGCUUAACCUGACCGGACUGGGAUACUUCUCCUGCCACUCUCACACUGUGGUGCAGGAUCAGUCCUAUUUCUUCUUUCUCAGAAUGGAUGAGAAUUAUAAUUUACUCCCACAUGGAGUGAAUUUCCAGGAUGCAAUAUUUGCAGACACACAGGAGAACAGAAGGCUAUUUUCCAGUCUUUUCCAGUUCUCCAACUGCACCCAAGGGCAGCACGUAACAACAGCUUUAUCUCCAGAUUGGGAGGUCCAAGAAGACAACAGGCUCAUGUGCUCCUCCAUACAGAGUGCCUUAUUUGAGGAAGAAGACAGGGUAAAGAAGCUUCAACAGAAGGUGGCUACAUUGGAGAAGCGCAACAAACAGCUCCGGGAGCGAGUGAAAAAGGUCAAGCGCUCCUUACGACAAGCAAAAAAGAAUGCCAGGAAUAUGGAAAUGGCAAAUAGGAAGCUGAAUGAGAAGCUGUCUUCUGCGGGAAGACAGACCAUAGACAUGAAUUCUUUUAAGCAGAAGAACUCACAUUCCACCUACCUGAAAGUAUAACAAACUGACCAAUAAACCAGUCGAAAUGUAAAACCUGAACAGGCCAGAUUAUUAGGUGAAGAAGGCACUGAAAAUACCUUUUGAUUAUCCAUGUUUCUACAUGACAUUCAUGUAGUGUUUUGAACAUCUCACUGCCUGUUGAAUAUUUUUUCAUGGCUUUGGAAGGGUAUUCUGUUAGCAUACUGUUUUCUCACUUCUAUCUAGACUUUAAUGGGGUUGCUGGACAGCUCCUCAUUUGAUAAAAGAUGGAGAGUAAAUCAUGAGUCUCUCUGUAGGUUGUAUUAAAAACAAAAUGUAGUGGCUGCGUUUGAUAAACUAGUCUCUCUAUGUAAAUUACACUAUUAUCCAUUUUCCAUUUUAAGCGUAUCUUAUACAUUUUUAUAUUUUGUAGAAACUGUUUUCACUACAAUGUCCUCAAAAGCUACAAAAAUAAAAAUGCAUAUAUUUUGUCAUUA